AUGGUUGAUUCGGCCAUUCAACGACGCGCCCUCGAAUUCUUCUUCCACAAAACCGCGCCCCACCUGGCCGGCUACUUCGAAAGCCAAUUCUUCCAGAACACCGUCCUACAACUCACUCUUACUGAACCUGCCAUUCGGCAAGCUAGUGCGGCCAUUGGGGUUCUCCAUGAACAAACCGCGCUGGGUGCCCUGGAAUCCUUCAAGCUCGGCCUUCUCCCUAUCACCCCUAUUCAGAUGUACAAUCGAUCUAUCCGAACCAUCCUAGAAAAAGGCAAAACUGACAACUCCUACCCGCUCAUUGCGACAACCAACCUUUUAUUUAUUGCCUUCGAGUAUUUCCAGGGCAACGUGGACGCUGCCGCCAAUCACAUCCAAAGCGGCAUCAAAAUUCUACAAGCAUGGCGCACAAGUAACGGCGGUCCACCGAAAGAACCCUGGGGCAAGAAUUAUCAAACAUCCCAAGAGCAAUUCAUGGAGGUCAAAAUUGCUCUUCUUCUCAGCACAUUUAAUACGAAUGCAGUAGGCUAUCGCCAGGGGCAUCACACUGAUGUCUUUCUAAAUCCGAUCAGCGAAACCGGCGAACUCAUGUUUGCCGACUCGUUCGACAAUGUGAUGGAAGCCCGAGUCGCCUUAAUUGACAUGAUCUCCUGCGCCAAUUCACAUUUCUACCGAUUUAACAACUUCCGCUCUCAGGGGCCGCUGGAUGACCCUCACUCGGCGGCGGUUUUCGAGAACCUUAUAAAGAACCUUGACCGAUGGCAGAUGCAAUUAGACGAUUUGAUCGUCCGGCGCAAGGCCUCGUGGAUGAAGCGGGACCGAGAGUCCGCCGACGCCAUCCGUAUUAUCAGGAUCAGUAUGAGCUUCGGUGUGAGGUCUUUCUUGGCAGAGAACGAAUGCGCCUGGGAUGCAUUGAAGCCAGAAUAUGAAGAAGCGAUUAUCCUGGCCGAGCGCCUUCUUGCCGAUCGCGACCGCUACACGCCGGAGGAAAACCGGCGAACGCUGAGUUUAGACUGCGGCAUCAUCUUCUCCUUCCAUGCGCUGGCGUGGAAGUGUCGCUGGCCCUAUCUUCGCCGCCGGGCGCUGGACGCUUUCCGACGGAUUCCGAAGCGAGAGUGGCUGUUGGAUAUGGGACACUACCACCGAAUCUUUUCACGUAUAAUGGAGCUGGAAGAAGACCAUUUAAACCUUCCGCCUGGGGCGGUUCCCAGAGAGGAUUGGUUGCCCCCAGAGCACGUUCGCAUUCACGACUUCAAGGUUGUCUCGGUCCCGGGGCCUCCUGGGUGGCCUCCUGGAUAUGAGGUGACUUUCUGGAGUAAACCCCAGGGCCUGCAUAAGCCGUGGCUCUCCCUGACGGAGAACAUGCAACUCGGCUUUCCUUCCGGGUCAGGGACUGUCCCUUAUAACAUGAUAAGUCGCAAGCCUUGGACGAUGCCGGAACUGGUGACGUACUCCGUGCGACAAUAA